UUUACACUCACGCAAGGUUUACACCUCGUUAUUUCUCGUCAGAGAGGGAAUAGAUAGCUCGUGGAGAAAUCCUUGACAAAAAAAGAAAAAAAAAGAAAAAAAAAAAGACGAGUUUUAUUCCUUUUCGUCAAGUAGGUGGUUUGAUGUCCCAAUGUAUUGAUUGCUUCUUUCUCGUUUAUUCCUCUGUGCAGAAUAGACUGGCCCGACACUUGCCUGACACGAUCCUCAAUUUUGUGUAAGAAGCACAAUAAAACGGAGGCAUGAACGAUCUCCUCAAUUACAGCUCCGCUACAAACGAUACUGGGCCAACGGGGGCACCUUAUCAUGUAAACCAGACAGAAGAGGUUAUAAAGGUGGUGACAUUUUGGCUCAUCAUCGUCGUCGGUUUUAUGGGCAACUCACUUGUCAUUACAGUUGUGAAGAUGUUUCGCAGCAUGAGAACAACCACCAACUACCUUCUGGUCAACGUUGCUUGUGCAGACAUCACUACCCUCGUAUUUACAGCAAUCCUGUUUAUAGUCAUGAAAGGAAACGGUCCGGUCUAUUCCAGAGCACUUGCUAGUUUCCUUUGUAAGUUCAUCUACACCAACACUAUUUCGAUUAUAACGCUUCUGGUGACUGGUUUGACGCUUACAGUCCUGGCCCUCGAGAGGUAUAAUGCUCUGGUGAAACCAAUGCUCAUAUCUCGAAGACUCACCAUUAACAAGAUUGCUUACGUCAUAAUUGGAAUCUGGUUAGUUGCCAUAGCGAUGGUGAUUCCUUUGUUUGCAACAUUAGAUCACGAUCCAAACAGGCGUUCUUGCAGUCAUGGUGAUGCAGACUAUGAAAUGAUGAUCUACAUUGACUGCCUGAUCGUCAUUCUCACCUUGGUUCCAUUCGUAGUGAUCGCCUUUUGCUACACUCAGAUCAUCUAUGCCAUGUACUUCAAGAAAGCUGCUUGCAGAAGAAAAAUUGAAAGAGGUCACGUGCAAGAGGAAACGAAAGAAAAGAGAAGAUUGGUGACAUUGCUUAUCUUGUUGACUGUGGUAUUUUUCAUAGCCUUUAUUCCUUAUGGUGUCCUGCUCAUCUUAAAAGUCAGUAAAGUACACCACAUUCAUGUCUUGUACCUUCAAUCUGGCUCACAGUAUCUCACGCUGUUGAACUGUUCAGUGAAUCCUUUUAUCUACGCGUUCCAAAGUUCUAGCUACAGGCGCGCUUUUAAGCUCAUUAUAAAGAAAAUGCUCUGCCGUGACGUUACGUAUGAACUUUCGGAACUCCUUGAGAUGCGCACGCGCACUUCCGUACGAAGUGUGUAGUGGAUGCUUAACCUUUUUAACAAGGGAACUUCACGUGUCUUGCAAACUUGCGCGGGUUUAAAUCUACUCUGUUCAAUCAAAAAUUGGGGUUUGGGUCUUUUGCAUCAUGAUUUAGGUGUACUGGUUUCUACUGGAAGGAUUUUUAGUGAGGAGUUUGUCCACAGUUUUCAUCAUCGCUAUUAUCAUAGACAGAGCAUGUUAGUUUGAUACACAGCUUUUAAUUAGGCCAUCAUUUUCCCUCCUCCUGGAAAUAAUUGUCCUUUUUUUGUUAUUUAUAUAGUUACUGUAUUAAAGUAACCUUACUAAAGCAUAUUAUCUCACUCAAGCGUCCCGGUCCAGCGAAAUAAGUGUGAUUUUUAAUUUCACUCAAAAUUACAUCAUUUUAAUUCUAUAAGGUAAGAUAAGACGGAUUUAAAGGAAAAAAUGGGGUAAGAUGUAAAUAUCAGAUUGACUAUGUUGACAUAUAGACUGACAUAGUUUCCUGCAUUUAUAUCGUUGAAAAUUACCUACCGAUUUCUAUUAGGUUAAUUGUAUCAAAAGAACAUAUUAUCAAUUUUCCGAACAUGUAUCGUGAUAAAACUGUUGGCUAUUUGGUCAGGAUAAAAAAAAAAA